AUGAACAAAGUCCUAGCAGAGGGAUCUUGGUUUGUGAUAGGCCAUUUCAUAUCUAUAUGGAAAUGGGAACCAAACUUUCUUCUAGCGGAAUCCAAGCUUGCUAUUACAACAAUUUGGAUGAGACUCCCACAACUGUCAACGGAGUUCUAUGAUAGGGCGUUCCUCGAGAAAAUGGAAAAUAGGGUUGGCAAAUUACUAAAAAUAGAUACAUGUACCUCCACCACCCUUAGGGAGAGGUAUGCUAGAAUUUGUGUCCAGGUUCUAUUAGACAUUACCGUUGCCAUCGCUGUCACCAUUGGCAUGCACAAUCAACCCAUCCUUUAUGAGCGGGAAGAGAUUCUCUGCAAGGAAUGUGGGAGAAUUAGCCAUACACUACAAUACUGCCCAUUCACCUCUAAGGCCAAUGAAACCAACAGUCCAGUUAACCCAAAUCCUAUAACCACAAACACUGUACAGUCCCUGGCGAAGACACUGUGUGGAAAACGGUCCCAUUCAAGCGAAAAAAAGGAAUCCAUAAAGGAAAUCGCUUAUAAAGAUCGGCCGGAGCAGAGAAUCCCAUGA